AUGGGCUCCGGUGUCUCCUACAAAGGAGCGACCAGUGGACCAUGCCAGGCCAGCACAGGCAUCAUGAAGAUUGGCAUGGAUCCUCUGCUUUCCAAGAAGUACAUGACGCUCGACCAGAAUGGAAAGGUGCAAGCCGAGUACGUCUGGAUCGACUCCGACUACUGGGAUGGACAAAGCUUUGACUUGUGCUGCAAAACACUGACGCUGGCAGAUUCCCCGGUCUCCCUGGAUGAAAUUCCCAUCUGGACCUACUCAGGGGAUGAUGCAAAGGACAUUGUGAUUGUGCCGCGGCGGAUGUACCGGGACCCGUUCCGGCCGGGGGACAACAUCAUCGUUUUGGCAGAUACGUACCAGGAGCCCUCCGGCGAUGAAAAAGACCAUGGCCCGGCCACAAAGUUCAAUACACGCGCGGCCUGUGAAGCAGCUAUGCGCCGAGCCGAAGAGAUUGGGGAGGAUCCCUGGUUCGGCUUCGAGCAAGAGUAUUACUUGCUUGAUACAACAACCAAUUGGCCUCUGGGCUGGCCGCAUGGCAAAUAUCCCGACAAAGAGACUGCCUUCUACUGCUCCGUGGGAUCGCAGAAAGUCGUGGCGCGCAGCCUUAUCGAGUCCCACUACCGAGCUUGUCUUUAUGCUGGGGUCAUGAUCGGUGGCAUCAAUUCCGAGGUUGCACCUGCUCAGUGGGAGUUUCAGGUAGGCCCAGCAUCUGGAACGUUGGGUGCGGACGAUUUGUGGAUGGCACGGUACAUUCUACAAAGACUCUGUGAGGAGUACCAGGUUGGCGUCACCUUCGACCCUAAGCCUGUUAUCAAGCAAGCUGGGAUUGGCUGUCACACAAACUAUUCCAACAUGGCUACACGCAGUAGCCCAGGAGGGAUGGAUGCCAUCAAAGUGCAGUGUGAACGGCUUCGAAAAAAUCAUGGCAAGCACAUUGCAAAUUAUGGCAUCGGAAACGAGCGGCGUCUUACUGGCAAAGACGACACCGCCUCGAUCAACGACUUCUCCUGGGGCAUUGGUGACCGAGCAGCCAGCAUACGCAUCGGCUGCAAAGUAGCGAUGCGUGAUUGUGGAUAUUAUGAGGAUAGGCGGCCGGCUGCGAACAUGGAUCCCUAUUUGGUCUCGCAGCUCCUGGCCCGGAUCCAAGCUUCGGAGUUUCAGAGCUGA